AGACAUGGAGAGCUAUGGACACAGUCUACACGAAUCUAGUAGGAAUCUCAACUAAAGGCAUAAAUAUUUCUCCAGUUAGGAAACAACCGAUUUGAGAGACUGAGAGGAAAGAACGGGUGGCCCGGUUGAGGAUGGAGUGUGCAUUUGACGCACAGAAUCUGAUCUCCAUUUCUUUGAGGAAAAUCCAAAGCUCCAGGACGCAGAGAGGAGGCAUCAAGCUCCACAAGAACUUACUGGUAACGUACGUACUGAGAAACGCCAGGCAGUUUUAUAUGAGCAAAAACUUGUCGCAGACGCAGAGGACGCAUCCGUAUGAGGAUGUAGCGGCGGUCCGUGAAAGGCAAGAAUACCUUGAAUUGACUGGGAGCUUUACGGAGUUGGCUGAUGACUUCUACUGCAACUUUACUGGGGUUGAGUCGGACACUUGGCACUGCGGAGCGCACCAGCCCCAUGGCCAGCCUGCAGAGGUGGCGCACCAAGACGCAUCUGCCUGCGCAAUGGUCUCACCAAGUGACUCUGACCUCAUGGUUUCGGAAGCCUGUUGGAGCUGUGCGGACAAAUCCUCCUGGGAGUUACCUAUCCCGAACACGCAAGCCAACCAAAAGACUGUCCUGGACUUGGACACCCAUGUGGUGACAACUGUCACGAAUGGAUACUUCCACUCAGACUGUUGCGCGCAGCCAAAACAGCCGCAGGGCGCGCAGUGCUACGCGAAGAAGCGAAAGAUGGACACAAGUUAUCAUAUUGUUGAUCCAGAGUUUUAUUUGCCAGACUUUGGACCGGUGCCAUGUAAAAGGAUGAGGACUGAUGAUGAUUCACAUUCAGACUCGGAGCAGUUGGACAGCACAAACAUCUCCAACCUGAUCUCAGUGUUGGGUUCAGGUGGACUAUCUGAGUUUGUGAGUUGGCAGCAGACGGACCUUGAGCAAAUAUUCGCCGCUCAGACAAUUUGUUUAAAACAUACACUGUUAACAGGCAGCGGCUGGACCAGAGCAAUCGAAGCAUUUUGAUUUGUAUGACUGUUUUUAUUUGUAUCGUUUUAUUUUAUUGCUUUCAAAAAUAAACCAUGACACGACUGCAA